UAUCGUAGAGGUGGGGCCGAAUUAUCAGCUGUAUUGUAGUUAAUACAAUAGUGCUAACUUUCUUGAUAAAGGAUUGGUGGUUUUGUGUUGUUUAGCGGCUAGAAAAUGUUUUCGGCUGUACCGAAGAAUAUAUUAACAUGUGGUGCGGCUUGGAACAAACAGGCUGCUUUUACAGUAUUAUCACGACUUUUGGGGCCCCAAUGUGUAACUGAAGCAAGAUGUUAUCAUGAAGUUACAGGCGACAUUAUAUGCCCCUCCAUGGUUAUGGGGAUUGACCAUCUGAGGGAUCCUAGGCUAAAUAAGGGUUUAGCGUUUACCCUUGAAGAACGCCAAGCUUUAGGAAUCCACGGAUUGCAGCCUGCACGAUUUAAAACGCAAGAGGAACAAUUGGAGCUAUGUAGGAUAUCAAUAGAAAGAUACCAAGAAGAUCUGAAUAAAUACUUGUACCUCGUAGAAUUGCAGGAUCGCAAUGAACGGUUAUUCUUCCGGCUAAUAAGUGAAAACAUAGAAGCUAUGUUACCAAUUGUAUAUACGCCUACAGUAGGUUUGGCAUGCCAGAAAUUCGGUCUGAUUUACAGAAGGCCCAGAGGAUUAUUUGUCACAAUUCACGACAAAGGGCACGUUUAUGAUGUGCUUAAAAACUGGCCAGAACCAGACGUUCGUGCCAUCGUCGUUACGGAUGGUGAGCGUAUCUUGGGUUUAGGUGAUUUAGGAGCUUGCGGUAUGGGCAUUCCAGUAGGAAAACUAUCACUGUAUACUGCUCUCGCUGGCAUAAAACCACACCAGUGUUUGCCAAUUUUGGUGGAUGUUGGAACGAAUAAUGAAGCCCUUCUAGAAGAUCCUCUGUACAUUGGAUUGAGACAAAAGCGCGUAACUGGUGUAGAAUAUGAUAACUUUAUCGACGAAUUCAUGUAUGCUGUAGUGAAGCGAUAUGGCCAAAAUACAUUAAUUCAGUUCGAAGAUUUCGGUAACCACAAUGCAUUCCGUUUCCUUGACAAAUACCGCGAUAGGUUCUGCACAUUUAAUGAUGAUAUCCAGGGAACAGCCAGUGUUGCCGUUGCCGGUUUGUUGGCGUCGCGAAGAAUCACCGGAAAGAGAAUAUCAGAUAACAAAUUUUUGUUUUUGGGUGCUGGAGAGGCCGCCAUCGGUAUCGCCGAUUUGUGCGUAAAAGCAAUGCAAACUGAAGGCACAACGGUUCAAGAAGCUCGGGACAAAAUCUGGAUGGUAGACAUUGAUGGUUUGCUUGCAAAGGGAAGACCAGAAGGACGUUUGGAAGGACACAAAGCCUUCUACGCCAAAGAACAUGAAGUCAUGAAGAACUUACCAGAAAUCGUAAAGGAAGUCAAGCCAUCAGUAUUAAUAGGAGCAUCGGCUGCUGGUGGUGCGUUUACACCGGAAAUCCUACGAGAUAUGGCAACAUUCAACGAACGUCCAAUAGUAUUUGCAUUGUCAAAUCCUACAAGUAAAGCUGAAUGUACUGCCGAACAAGCCUACACCCACACAGAUGGUCGCGUCAUCUUCGCCUCAGGUUCUCCGUUCCCGCCUCACAAGAUGAACGAUCGCACUUACUAUCCGGGCCAGGGCAACAACGCCUACAUCUUCCCUGGUGUUGCACUGGGAGUCAUCGCUACUGGCACACAUCACAUCCCUGAAGAUAUGUUUUUGCUGGCCGCACAGACAGUAGCAGAUCAUGUUGAUGAUGAUUUAAUUGAAAGGGGAACAAUUUAUCCACCACUUCGAGCUAUUAAAGAGUGUUCUAUUCAAAUUGCAACUAAGAUCACACAGUACGCUUAUUCCAAAGGUUUGGCAUCGACUUACCCAGAGCCUCAUGACAAGAGGAAAUGGAUUGAAGAACAAAUGUUCAAUUAUAACUAUGAUAGUGCUAUGCCUGUUACCUAUCCUUGGCCAAGAAUGCCUGAAAUGAAAACUCGCCCAUUAGAACCCACGAUUUUGCAUGCGAAAAAGUAAACUUUCUACAACUUCCUACAAAAUAGUGUUCAAAUGGAAAUUUGUUAGAAACAAAUCGUUUAUAAGUAGUUUACCACAAUGAUUGUGGAAAAAGAAAAUUUAUUUAGUCAUUAUAAGUUCAAUUUGAUUGAAUAGUUGAUUUUGUGUGAUAAAACAUAGUUUACAAACAGUAUUUUGAGGAACUAUCCUAGACUUC